AUGUCGGGUCUCGAAAUCGCAGGUGCCGUCCUAGGAUCGAUACCGCUCGUUAUCUCAGCCAUCGAACAUUAUGCCAACGGCAUCAGCACCGCGAGGAGAUAUCUGAAAUAUCAGACCGAGAUGGAGGACCUAUUGAGGAAGAUUAGAACAGAGCAGAAGCUAUUCAAGAAUACUAUAGAGACAUUGUUGAAUGGCAUCGCCAGCGACGAGCGGAUGAGUGACAUUGUUGCGGGUGGCAACUUUUGGCAAGAACCAGAUAUCGAGCUGAAGCUGAAAGAUAGAUUGCGCGAUGCGUAUGACAUCUAUCUUGAUAACGUGUGCGGCAUGGAAGCGUCGUUGCAAAGGUUCAGAGAGAAAUUAGCGUUGGACCAGGCUGGCAAGAUGACAGAACCGACUCAAAUCGCACUCAAAUCUCCCAAGCAAGUUCGGUUUGUGCAACCUCGAAACGAGUGUAGCAGUAGCGAUAUCACUCUUGUAGAACGAUCGAGUGCACCCAUCAUCAAAUCCAUGCCAAUACAGAUUGGGGAUCUAUGCACAGCAAUUGCAGCUCUGCCUACGCCGCAACCGAUUGCAUGCAUCGGUUACUUGACGGACAAUUCUAACCGCCAAUAUGGAAUUUACCCACUGGACUCAGCGAAUGACUCCGAGAAAUCAAGUCCCACGGUGUACUCCUUACGUCAAAUACUCACCGAGUACAAGAGCAACAACUGGCGCCUGAGACUGUCCGAUAAGCUACAAGUCGCUCUGGACUUAGCUUUCAGCGUGCUUCAGCUCUACAAGACACCAUGGCUGGACGAGCAGUGGAGUGACAGCGACGUUUACUUUGUGCGGCAUCCUGAUGCACCGGCGGCCAGUUUGUACGAGCAUCCUUUUGUCUAUCGCAAGAUCUCAGCGUCCAAAAUCGACCAAGCUAGCGACAACAUCGGCCGACCGGCAGCGUAUAGGGUCAUCCGCAACCAGACGCUGUUCACUCUAGGCAUACUGCUGAUUGAGCUUUGCUUUGAGAAAUCAAUCGAAGAUCUCCAAUUGCCAUGCGAUCUGGAUUGUUCAAACACACCAGGUGUGGCGUGGUGUACUGCGCAAAGACUGCUCGACGAGAAGAAGUUGGAAUUCAAGAUAGGUCCAGGCUACCAAGACAUAGUCCGUCGUUGUAUAUGGUGUGAUUUUGACCAAGGGAAAUCCAAUUUGGACGACCGGGACCUACAACGAGCAGUUUUCGAGAAGGUUGUGGUGCCACUAGAGGAGAUUCUGCAAGUUCUAGGUUGA